AUGUUCAGUAAGAAGCCCAUAAACGAAUUACACGAGACAUUGAAACAACUAGGAGUCAACUAUUUCGUCUUCCAACUGAUGAACUGCGCACCGGACUUGGAAAGGCCCUACUGUGCGUACAGAGGUAUGUGGGAUGAAGAAGAUCCCGAGAAUAUCGACCGUGUUUCCAAUUGCGAUUUGUUCGACGAAGCAGCGAGACAACACAAGCACAACCGGAUUUUACCCUUCAAAAUUGCUUACUUCCGCAAUAAUAACUACUUGGUGCUGAAGGUCUGA